AUGGUUAUCGGCUGGUUCCGGCCUCCCUCGCAACUAAACCUCGCUCCCAACGAUCUCGAAGCCUACAACGUUCGUAACGACGGCUGGUGCCUCGUCACCCUCGCGCUGAUCCUCAUCUCCUUCACAAACGCCAUACCCUUCAACUCCGCGCCCGCAACGAAGCUCACUACGAUUCCAUAUGCGAAGGCGGUAGUGGCUGCGACGGUGUUCCAUCAUAUCACAACGGGCAUUGGCGCGUACCAGCAUUACAAGAUGCCGAGUCAUUACAACACUAGCAUGAGCAUUGGGGUGUGGGGGAAUGUGUGGUUGACGCUUACGGGGCUGUUUACACUGGCGAUGUUGCAGAGUGAUAAGGGGACGAUGCCUGUUGAGGAGGUAACUAAGAAAGUUAGAUAG